GGUAAUAUUUUAAUAUCAGAUAAUUACAAUGAGUUAUUUAUUAUUGAUUUAGGAUUAUGCAAACCUAUAAGUGAUUUAGAAGAUUCCUAUAAUAAAGUUAAUGAAAUUUAUGGAGUUUUACCUUAUAUGGCACCUGAGAUAUUAAGAAAAAAACCCUAUACUCCAGCAAGUGAUAUUUAUAGCUUUUCAAUGAUAAUGUGGGAAUUUACAUCGGGAGUUCCACCAUAUGAAAAUAAAGCACAUGAUCUUCAACUCAGCUUGAGUAUUUGUAAAGAAGGAAAGCGUCCUGAAAUUAUGAAAAAUACUCCAAAAUGUUAUAUAGAUUUAAUGAAAAAAUGUUGGGAUUCAGAUCCUUCAAAUAGACCAACCAUAAUAAUGCUUGAAAAUAUUAUAUCUGAAUGGAUUAGAUGUAUUGAUAAACAUUAUGAGAUAAACAGGGAUGGAAAUUAUAAAUAUGAAGUAUUUGAUAUUGAUAAUCAAUUAAAAAAUGAUAUGUUUGAAUUUGUAGAAGCAAACAAAGCUUUAUGGCAAGAACAAGCAAGUACUUCUGAUAUACAAUAUCAUUCACAAGCAUAUUAUACAAGUCGCAGUCUUACUGAA